AUGCUCGAACGGGCCAAUAUAACCCGCGCCGAUGAGGUGAUCGAUUUCUCCAAACUGGAGCCGUGGGUGGGCAUGUUGCCCGGUAAUAUCAACCGGGAGGGGCAAGCCGUCAACCUCACCGGCCAGCAGCUACAGGAUGACGGUGUCUGGAUCAUCACCUCCUCCUUCACCAUCUUCACCAUGACUUCCGGGUUUGGUCUCCUUGAAAGCGGGCGAGUAUCUUCCAAAGAUGAAGUCAACAUCAUGGUCAAAAACGUGAUCGACGUCAUUUUUGGAGGCCUGUAUGUCGUGCGUAGCCCAACU